UCACACAGCCACAAAGCGUCUGGAUUUGCUCGAAGAAUUUAGUGCUCUUCAGAGAAAGGUUGACGCGCCUUUCCCCGCCAUGCAACGGCUCUACCUAAUUAGCUACCUUGUGGCAGCAGCCACAGCCGCAAACUACCAAGACGACUAUCGCACUCAAUGGGAAGCAUUCAAAUCUAUCCACAGUAAGACGUACCAGUCUAGUGAAGAAGAGCUACUUCGGUUUAAGAUCUUCGCUGAAAAUAGCCGUCUGAUUGCCAACCACAACGCAAAAUAUGUUAAAGGGCUCGUGUCUUUCAAGCUCGGCAUGAACCAAUUUGGUGACCUGCUUCCACACGAGAUUUCGAAAAUGCUGAACGGUCUGCGUGUCAGGCACAGAAAUGAGCAAAACUCCACCUUCGUGCCACCUGCCAACGUCAAUGACAGCAGCUUGCCCGAAAGCAUUGAUUGGCGCGAGAAAGGAGCAGUGACUGCGGUCAAAGACCAAGGAAAGUGUGGAUCCUGCUGGGCCUUUAGUGCAGUGAGUUCUAACACUUUCCCCAUGCAAAUUCGCUGUAUCUUUAACCUGCUGCUGUUUCUGCAGCUUCACAAAUGGCGCUUCUUCGAGUAG